UUCAGUAGUGGCCGCCAGAGUGUCAAAAUGUGUUGCCGUUGCUGUGGUGUGACUCAACAGAAAGUGUGGGUAUUUCUGUUAGCAGCUAUAUUUCUUGGGCUAGGACUGCUCUUCGUUAUUUGGUGGCCAGAUUACAUAAACGAUAUAGUUUACGAGAUACUGCCGCUCUCACCGUGUUCCCGCACCUACGACAAAUGGUCGGUAAAUCCCAUACCGGUUUACUUACACAUGUACCUAUUCAACUGGACGAAUGCGGAUCAAGUGCGUGUGAAAGGUGUCAAACCCAAUUUCCAAGAAGUCGGUCCAUUCGUUUACAGUGAAGUGAAGACGAAAGAGGAUGUAACUUGGUACACAAAUAAAACUGUAUCCUUCUACGGAAAACGUGUUUGGCACUUUGAACCGGAAAUGUCAGGCGCUCCAUUGGACGCUCCAAUCACCGGCCCGCACAUACCAUCUUUGGCUGCCUCGAAUGUAAUACGUGACGAACCAAAAUUUAUUAAAACUGCUUUUAACCUAGCGCUCAAUAGCAAUGGCGGCGCGCUCUACCAGACACACACGGCUGGCGAAUGGCUCUUUGAUGGCUUCUACGAUCAAUUCUUAGAUUACGCUCUUAAACUAAAUAACUCCAUGACUGGCACUAUAAAUUCGAACAGAUUUGCGUGGUUCCUCGAUCGCAAUGGUACUAAGGAGUUUGAGGGUCUCUUUACCAUACAUACCGGUCAGGGUGAUCUCGAAAAGAUGGGUAUGAUACAGUUUUGGAAUGGCUCAAAUCACACUGGUUUCUAUGAGGGUGAAUGUGGUAUUGUAAAUGGUAGUACCGCCGAUUUGUGGAAACCAAAUCUUGAGCCCGAGGAACACAUUACUGUAUAUAUAACGGACACUUGCCGUAUUAUCAAUUUGGUUCCCAGUGGGGAAACUGAAGUAAGAGGCAUCAAGGCAACCAGAUAUGUAGCGGCCCCAGAUACCUAUGAUAAUGGUCAGCGGGAUCCUAAUAUGAAAUGCUAUUGUCCAAAGGACAAACAGCCCGACAAUUGUCCGGCAAGCGGUGCAACCGAUUUGGGCCCCUGUGCUGAAGGUCUUCCCAUGUAUUUAUCGCAUCCACAUUUCAUGUAUGCAGAUGAAAGCUAUGCGAGUACCUUGACUGGCAUGAAUCCCGAUUACGAAAAGCAUCAGUUCUUUAUUAUAAUGGAACGAAAGUUAGGAAUACCACUGCAGGUGAAUGCAAACGUGAUGGUCAGUCUGCUGAUAAAAAAUGACAGUGAUAUAACCAUACUGCGUGAUGUACCUGAGUUUUAUGCGCCACUUUUUGUUACCUCCAGCAAAGCGGUGAUCGAUAAGGAACUCGCAAAAUCAGUAAAGCUUCUUUUGAAUUUGCCUAGUAUUGGAUUGUAUGUCGGCAUCUCCUUCAUUGUGAUUGGAGUCGUUAUUGCCUCAAUCGGGGUUUUUUUGACUGUAACCCACCGAUGGUAUGGAGAUAAAAUUAAUUCGAAAUAAAUUCUAGAAAAUAAUUAAUCAUAUUUUAGAUGAUUAAAAUUUUUUUGUA